AUGUCCUGUGCACUCUUAAAUUCCCAAACCAUCGCUGACAUCCCGCUAUCUUCCUUUCUUUCGAUAUGUCCUGUGCACCUCUCAAACCAUCCGACAUUUCUUCCUUGCUUUCGAUGUCCUCUAUCUUCUUUUGCUUUUCGAUGUCCUGUUGCCUUAAAUUCCCAAACCAUCCGACAUCCGAACCAUUGCCAUCUUCCUUUUGCUUUCGUGAUAUGUCCUGUGCGCCUUAAAUUCCCCAAACCAUCCGGACAUCCGUUCAAGCUAUCUUUCCUUUUGCUUUCGAUAUGUCCUGUGCGCUUAAAUUCCCCUAAACCAUCGACAUCCGUUCAAGCUAUCUAUCUUCCUUUUGCUGAUGUCCUGUGCGCCUUAAAUUCCCAAAACCAUCUGACAUCCGUUCACACACGUUAUCUUUCCAUUUGCUUUUCGAUGUCCUGUGCGCCUUUAAAUUUAAACCAUCCGACAUCCGUUCACACAAGCUAUCUUCCUUUUGCUUUCGAUGUCCCUGUGCGCCUUAAAUUCCCCAAAACCAUCGACAUCCGUUCACACAAGCUAUCUUCCUUUGCUUUCGAUGUCCUGUGCUGUAAAUUCCCAAACCAUCCGGACAUCAUCGUAUCUUCCUUUCGCUUUCGAUAUGUCCUGCGCUCAAAUUCCCCAAACCAUCCGACAUCAUCCGUUCCACAAGCUUCUUCCAUUUUGCUUUUCAAUAUCGUGCACCUAAAUUCCCAAACCAUCCGACAUCCGUUCACACAAGUAUCUUCCUUUGUUUUCGAUGUCCUGUGCGCCUUAAAUUCCCAAACCAUCCGACAUCCGUUCACACGUUAUCUUCCUUUGUUGAUAUGUCCUGUGCACCUUAAAUUCCCCAAACCAUCUGACAUCCGUUCACCACGCUAUCUUCCUUUGCUUUCGAUAUGUCCAGAUGUCUGUUCCCCAAACCAUCCGACAUUCCCAAACCAUUGA